AUACUUUAAAUUGAAUACGAGAAGUCUAACAUUCAAAAUAGCUAUGUCGGAUUCAUGUGAAGAACUAGAACUGGAGGGUGAUGUGGAAGAAUUUGAGGGUGAUGAGUUUUGGGAGACAUUGAAAGAAGCCAACCCUGAGAGCACUCAAAAAGGAAAUGACAAGAACAAAGAACCUGCAGUCCAGAAAGUCGAGAAGUCUUCUGUAAAACAUGAAUCUCAUACAGUACCAGUACCACAGGAAGCGUCUCCAACAGUAGGAUCCAAGAAUUCUGGUCAGCGAGGUGUUAAGUCUGCUGAUUCGGACACCAAAAAAAAACUAGUGUCCAAGAAAGCAAAUGUAGAAUCCACGAGGACUGUAGAAAAGCAAGGAAGUAAUGUUGAUGUUUCUACUUUAGGCGACAUUGCAAAUGCCAUUACAAGCAUUGAUAGUUUUAAAGCAGAGUACAGUGUCGUGAAAGAAAAAAUUCAUUACUCAUCUGAGGAUUUGGGCAUUAAAAGAAAGCCAGUGGAAAAUGUUUCAUCCAGUUCUCCAAAGGUUAGAAAGAUUCACUCAGACUCAAAAGCUAGUCCAAAACAAAAUAAAUCAUCAAGUGAUAGUGGUAGAAAUGUGUUUGCUGCAGUGGAGGACCAGAAGUGUGCAGACAAAGAGAACAAGUCUGUUGAGGAACAAGAAAUUGUUGAUGAUAUCAUGGUAACGAUAACAGAGGAGGAGUCGAAAGCUAUUGAUACCAUCCUGGCUGAAGAAAUGUUUGAAGAUAUCAGACAAUGUGCACAACCAAAGACGGAAGAAAAGACUUUCACAUUACGUUUUGGUCCCGUGGAAAUAGCUGAUUUAGCUGAGAGCGGCAUGCAAAAUCUCAUAAGAUCACAACCAAGCCUCUCUUUUUACUUCAGAAGACAAGCAGGGAAGUUCAAAAAGAAAAAAGGCUAUGGAGAGAUUUGUUUCCUGCGAGCCCUACCAAUCCAAGCAUUUAUUCGAAGACUAUGUCUAGUUAAACUAGUGGAAAAACGGAUUGAACUUACCAUUUCCGUGCAAAUACCAAAAGGAAGAGACUACGUGGGAACUUUAGUCUUACGGUUGGAUAGACAUGGCAAGUUGCUGAAACUGAUUGGUUCCGGGGACGAGCCAGUGAGGGGUACAGCAACACCUUCCAAGACAUAUUUUGAGGUGGACCAGGUUCCCAUUGAUGCUCAUCCUUUGUCCCUGAAGACACUCUUUCCAUUUAUUCCUUUCAUUGAUAUGAAAAACUGUAUUGAGGACUCAGGCGUGAAACCUGCUUUCAAAGGGCCUGUCCGUGUGUGCUAUGCAGAUGCAAGCUGGCUAGAAGCUGUCCUGGAGUGCUUCUCUGAGUUCACAAUCAAUAACCAUCCUCUUGCUAUUCGCAGUAGCAUCAAGACAGAAGUCGGUGAGGGCUCUCAAGCACAGGCUGAUCAUGAAAUGGAAGAUGCUGCUAACAGUUUGCAAAGACAAAGCUCCACGCAAAGUUGUUCUGAGCAAGAAUCUGAUCCAAUAAAAGAGCACCAGGAUUCACCAGAGAACAGACUCAAAGAGACUGAAAUUGAGAAAUCGGUGUGGAAAGAAGAGGAAAGUGACAAUGGAGAGGUUAGCAAAGAUGAAGGGAGUGCUGACGAAGAAGAAGAAGAUGAUGAUAUUUCUAACAUGACGAGAGAUGUGUGUGCUGAUAUGCUAGAGUCACUCAACAAACUAAAACAGUUGGAAACUGACAAUCCAAACGUUCAGAAAAUUCUUGAGAUGCAAGUUCAACUUGCCAAACUUCAAAAGUCAUUGUCCAAACCUGUGCAGGAAAAAAGGCUUUCUACUGAUGAGUCGGAAAAAGAUACCAAUCCUUGGACUGUAGAAACGAUUGACGAGAAAAAAGAAAUUACAUGCGAGAUAAGUACUCAUGGCAAAAGGACAGUAAAAGUAAAUAAGAAUGAGGUGCUUCAAGCUGAAAAGAAAAGAAUGGAAAUGGAGAGCUUACAAAAAAGGAUAGAUGAUGCAGAGAAGUCAGAAAGGCAAAAAGAGGAGAUGACUAAGCAAAUGCGAGAGAAAGAACUGAAAGCAAGGAGAGAGUUUGAAGAAAAAAGAAGAGCAAACUGGGCUAAGAAAAUGAUUGAAGACUUGAAAAAAGGCGGGCAGUCUGUUAGUGUUGAGAAUAGUGCUGCGAAAAAGGAGGCCCAGAAGUUACUUGAGGCAAGAGAACAGAAAUUGAAACUGCAGAAGGAAGCUGAAAUGGAGAAAGCCCAGCCAACCCAAGAUCUGAUGGCAAACAAAAAGGAAGAAUCGCAACAUCCAGCCAAUGAUUUGAAAGAUGGAAUUGCUCAAAUAAUUCUGCCUUUCCAAGAGAUAAUUUCAUCAACAUCAGUGGGAAAGUUUGAUUUCAUGCGACAUUCUGCUGGGGCGGAACCUACAUCUUCAAAAUUAGGAAUUUCUUCACUUGACAAGGGAGCUGAAUCUGCUUCAAGCCACAGCGGAAAUGUUGAGGCAAAUGAGCCCUCUUCUCGCUUGGAAACUGAAGAAGAGACACAAGUUGUUGAAAUCACUGAGAUCUUUUACAAAGAAAUGAUGGGCAAGACAUCAGUGCUGCCCCAAAAGUUCCAAGUGACUUUUGAAUAUUCAGAAAAUCGCAGCUGUCCUGUGCAGAGUUGCUCUGCCAAACGCUAUUACAAGUCAGAGGAGGAGUUUGUGGAUCACUGGCAGAUAUUCCACAAACAGAAUAUGACUGUGAGGUUCUGUCCAAAAUGCUCCGCGUACUUUUCCAACCAAGAAGAACUUUUAGAUCACCUGAAAGCAAGGCAUUCUAUUCAUGAAUAUGAUGACUUGAUGGAUUUGCUGAAGAAAGUUAGGACCAAAGUCAUCCGCAACCCAAGCUUCAGAGAUCCUACUCCCUUCUCUUUCGUACAGCUGAAAGAUGAUACAUUUAGGGCGUAACAGAUGGGGAUCAUUUGCCUUCUAUCUAUUGGCUGGUACUCGUCUCUCGUGCCAAGAGUUUUGGGUUCAAUUCCUGGUAUGUUCCAGUACGUUAGAAAUUGGGACUCUGUUCUCCUUAUUUCUGGUGCCAUGCCAUUAGUUAAAGAAUUUGGGAGGUUUUUAAGUUUUUCAUUCAGGUUAUGAUCGAAGAUAUUUAUAAUGUUAUAAUGGAAAUGUUUUUGAGCUGGAGAGUGUUGUUAAUUGCUUUCAUUCAAACACAAGAAAAGAAAAGCUAGUAGAAUUAAAAUGGAAAAUUCCCUUUUCAAGACAAAAAUUUAUAUAUAUGAAUAUAAAUUAAAAGUACGCUGCUCUACUAUUACUGUGCACAAAGUUGGGGAAAAUCGACUAAAAUUGUGUAAGAUCACAAUGUUAAAAUCUGUACGGGUAUAAUUGAAAAUAUAUGUCUAAUUAUGACUAUGACCUAGAGACUCUAUUCGCCUUCUCAAAUGAAGACAAGAUUGACUGUAGAUCCUUCUGCCAGGCCUUACGGGACAGGUCCUGUAAGGGUGAGGGGGGGGACAUUUUAUUUGUUGUUUAUGGUUCUUAAUGCCCGUGGUGAGAGGGAAAACUAUUGUAUUUGGUGGUUGAUGGUUAUAAGUGUACCAUAUUACUCGACUAUGGUGUUCCAUAAGCUCCAUUAAUUUUAUGUCAUUUUUUUUUUUCUUAAAUUUUGGGGUGGGGGGGUGGGUGGGUUGUCGGUUACCUUUUUUAUGAAAUUAUGAUUCAUGCUUUCAAAAUGCUGGUUGAGAAAUGAAAUAAAAAAUUUUAAGCCAGCCAGAA